AUGGAGGGGAACGUGGUUCUGGAUCCAGACACAGCCCACUGUGAGCUUGUCCUGUCUGCCAAUGACAAAAGUGUGACACGAGCUGACACACGACAGCACAUCCACUACAAUGACAAGAGAUUUAACGUGCGCCACUGUGUUCUGGGCCGUGAGGCCUUCACCUCAGGGAGACACUACUGGGAGGUGGAGGUGGAAAAUGCAGGAAGAUGGGCUGUGGGGAUUUUUAGCAAAGAUGCGAAAAGGAAGGGUUAUAUUGAGUUUAAACCAGAAAAAGGCAUCUGGGCAGUGGGGAAACACACAGUCAUGAAAGCUUUCACCUCCCCUAGUCCCACUGAAUUGUUUGUAAUGAAGGCUCCCAGGCGGAUCCGGGUCUCUCUGGAUUAUGAAAUGGGACUGGUGGCAUUUUACAGUGUUGAUGAGGGGAUUCCCAUCUUCACAUUUCCACGGGUAUCAUUUGGGGGGGAAGACAUCUACCCUUGGUUCUGGGUGGGUCCUGGGACAUGUCUGAAAAUAUGGCCCUGAUGAAGAGGAGGCAGUAAGAGAAGGGUCUCCUAGGGUGGAGAUCUCGUUACCUCUCUGCACCUCUCUUCCAUGCUGCAUCUCUCCAAGAUCUUUCUCUGAGGCCAGACAUGCUGUUCUGGUCCCAGUGCAGAUCAGUGGGAGAGGCCAUGGCCAAGACCUUGUGUUAUGAGAUCACCCCACAUCAUUUGCAGGUGUGGGGAAAAGGGACUUUCUCUCCUGCUUCUGAGGGUGUUCCUUACACAUGGAGGGUGGAACCAUUGUUUCCUUGACUCAGGCUGCAGUGGGUUGGUUUCUCGGAUAUUUUAGGCCUUCCUUAGCAACGGGGGUCAGAAAUCUAAGGAAGUAUUCCAUAUCAUUCCUUUCCAUAACCCAACAUAUAAAAGGGCGUAGAUAAGAGAGUUCGCUCUCUUCUCUUCUGGCGAGGUUUGGGAAUGGUCAGUCCCUGUCUCGGUCUUCCUUCUCUGGACCUGAGGCCCACAGUGGCUGCUGUUGUCUGCCACGCGUGAGGGGACAGUGCUGGGCCGCGUCCAGCCGUCCUGCUCCUCUCAUGGGAAGUGGUGAGAUUUUGCCAGUUCUUUAUUUUGUUAGUUACUGGGUAUCCCUUUCUUGGGAAUUGUACAUAAUAUU